UCCCAGGCGCGACUAUCUAGUGAGCUACCAUCAGUCAUCUCUAGGUAGGAGCUCGUCGCCUUAAUAAGAAACGUUCCGUAGUUCCCAAGUUCAAUUGCUUAAGCUGAGAAGCCGAACCUUGAAGAACUCACUGCACUGCUGCCAUCUCAGCCGCCGACGUCCACUUCUGUCUGCUCUCCAUCCAUCAUCUUAAUCAUCCUCGUCAUACCGGAUAUCAUCGUCAUCCGCUUUUAUUUCUUCCCGCCUUGAGCGCUGACAAUAAUUCCAUCCCUCUCCAAUCCCGAGUCUGCAUCUCCGUCCGUCUCACAGCCUCGCAACCACCACACCAUGGAACCGAUUGACGCCGAACGAGCGAGGCAGUUGUCGCUGUUCCGACCCCUCGGUUACCAACGCAACUCGUGCGGAUAUUGCAAAUCAGAUAAUGGCAGUGCUUCAUACUACGCUAGCUCCGUCUCGGUGCGUCCAGUUCACUAUGAGGAACUCGUCAACCGGGGAUGGAGAAGGUCCGGAACGCUGUAUUACAAGCAGAACCUGCAGCGGUCAUGCUGUCCUCAUUAUACCAUGAGGCUCGAGGCUUCGGCCUACAAACCAAGACGAGAUCAACGAAAGGCGAUCAAUCGUUGGAACAAGUUCGUUCUUGGGCCCGAGUAUAUCCGUAGAGCUGCGUAUCUCUGCCCAAAAACAAGGGAGGAAAAGAAACACCGGAAAUGCAACUUUGAUCUACACGAUGCUGUCCAUGCGGUUGAGUAUAGCAAUGUCAAGCGGCCGACUGACCCAAAGACGAAGAGAUCACUGGAGCCGGCGCAUCGGUUCGAGGUAAACUUAGAGGGCGACACAGUCUCCCAAGCGAAGUUUGAUCUUUUCCGCAAAUACCAAACGAAGGUCCAUAAGGAAGACGUUUCCAAAUGGCAAACGAAAGACUUCAAGCGCUUCCUCUGUUCGGGACUAAAGCGGAGUGAGCCUAAUGGGCGAGAUGUACAGCGCAGAAUAGGCUCCUGGCACCAGUGCUACCGCCUCGAUGGGAAGCUCAUAGCUGUCGCCGUGUUGGAUCUGAUGCCCAAUGGCGUCAGCUCUGUUUACAUCUUCCGAAGCUACGACCCUGAUUACGAGCAGUGGGAAAUUGGAAAACUGAGUGCGAUGAGAGAGAUAGCCUUCGCAGUCGAACAAGGCUACCAAUAUUACUACAUGGGCUACUACAUUCACUCCUGCCAGAAGAUGCGCUACAAGGGCAAUUUCCGGCCCCAAUACAUUCUAGACGGCGAACUAACCGCAAAGCUCAACACACGACCCUACGUUUCCCUCUCGCGAGAUCGCGCCACGACCGCAACCUCCGGUACGGAAGCAAACGCGGCUGAUAAUGCUGAAGCCGAAGCAGAAAUCAACGAUGAGGAAGUCUCCCUUUUCGCGCUGCACAUGCCGGGUGUCUUAACAGUGGACGAAGUCAAGAAGUUGGACCUGGGGAGCUGGCCGUUACUCAUUCAUGGGUCAUUUGUGCAUAUGAGCGACUUGGUCGGAUGGGAGAAAAUGCCAAUAGACGAGCCGCAGUCAAUCAAAGGAAUUGUAGCGGAGCUGGCAGCAACACUGGGACCUACAGUUAUGAAGGAUAGUGCAGUGGUGUUGUUUGAUUGA